CAAAAUAAAUUCAAAAUUCACGCUUAAAAUUUCCUAUUCCUGUUCCCAGUUCCCAGCAACAGGAAAGUCGGGACGUUAUUUAUUUUUUACUCUUUAUUUAAUUUGCAUUCAACCAUCACAAAAUGUCAAGUAAACGCCCCGAAAAGAUAUGGGGCCUUGUGUACAACAUGAUGAAAUCGGUGAACAACGACGUCCCAACUAUUCUAAAGACGCUGGACCAAGUUCUAUCCCAGAAACCCACGAUCGACAUGCGUUUCGACCAUGACAGUAUCAUUCCACGUUCGUUUGUGAUUUGGCUAUUCAAUCAACUCCUGACUUUUACCGGCAGACCGCUUGGCAACAGAGUUCUCAAACAGAAUGUGCAAUUGCAGAAGAAAUUGCUCACCUUUUGCUGUGUCCAUAUGCCAACACUCUUCGAAGCCCUUCUCAAGGAAUACAGACGGACUUUGAGUGAAUUCAUCGAAGUUUGCUACAACUCCAGCCACAAAUCAGACGCAGAACCCAGAGUGGUGGGAACAUUCAUUUCGGAAGACGAUCAGUUUUUCAAAGAAAUUGACAGCAAGUUCGUGUUUCAGAAAAUCAGCCUGGAUCCAGACAUGGUCGACCUCACAUUGCAGUGCAUAGUUGAGGUUCUCGCUCAUGCCAUGAGCAUCUCCUUCAAUGUACAUCAGAACCUCUUCCAGGAGAUUCUUAAAACCGUUCUUGAACUGUUCCUACCAUCCGACACCUACACCAAACUUGAAUGUCUCGAAUUUGGUGUGAAAUUCUUCGGGAAUCUCUUCGAGCUGGAUCCUAAUCUGACCAUAGAUUAUGGAAUUCUCUUCGAAUAUUGUCAGUUGGUGUGGGAGAACCUCCCGAAUUGGAUAGGGUUCGGGUUCAUGGACGAGUAUGGUCUGACACAGGCGAUAAGAACUUCAAUUAAACUGUUCAAGUGUGACUAUAGAACCUAUCUAACCGACAAGGUCGAUGCCGAUAUUUUGGAGAGCCUUUCCAAGUCGUGUGAGGCAAUUCUCCGGACAAUCAUCAAGGACCAAGACCGCCUGGGCAACCGCAUCGAACUGAAGUCCAAAAUUAUUGAAUUCAUGUUGGAGCUCCAUCAGAGAACCGGUUGUCUACUGCCUCAUCAAAGCUUUAUCCAUUUAAUCCAAGCAGAGCACCAAAUGGGAAAACUAUUCGGAGCCAUUCAGCCGAGCUCAACUGCAUCAUCUGUCCUGACCAAAGCACUAAAGGGUGGCAAAAGUGGUCACCUGAUUGUAAAAAACAUUCUUGACACAAUUAUUGACAUGGAGCACAAGUCGAUCAAUGAGAAACAGUCUAAGGCCCACUUGGCCAGUCAAAACCUGAAAGAUCUCCAACAGAAGCGCGUUAGCAGUGAUAUUGUCUUCAGCUGCGACAAUUUACAGCCAUCAAUCGAGGAAUUCCUUCGAAUAAUGGGCACCACAACCCUUAGCUCGACGGAGUUUUGUGAUUACGUCCAAAUUUGUGGGCUAUUCCUGCAAUCGGCGAGUUCCAUAGCCAUCAUCUCCUCAGACCUACAGAUAGCGCUGAUCGAUGUGAUCCUCUUCUACCUACGCCAUCAUUCGAAAAUAAAGCAAAAACUGCAUUUGGAGAUCCCAGGGAUAAGUCGCAUCGAGGAUAAGCCAAUUUCGUUCUCCCUGGACGCUCUGGCGAGUGUGUCACACCAGAACCUCGCUGAGAAGGCUGCCAGCUACUUCCAUAAGUCUGUGAAAGAAUUCAUCUGCACGAUGUACCCAGUGUGUCAGAGUGAGCCGAUAAAGGCCCAGUUAAAUGACAGACUUCUAGACUUCAUAGCCAAUUCAGUGAUAUCAAUCAAGCUGAUUGUCUGCCACAUGCUUCCUGCAAUUGUCAAGGGCCAAAUGAACUCUCAGAUUCUGGCCAAAAUCAAAUGCAUUUGUUGCUCGGCUCUGGGAAGCGUAUACAUCUUUAAAACUCGUUCGAAUAGCCAGAAACUCGAGUACAAAUUUCUUUGUGUGGAUUGUGAAAAGCCAAGCAAUGAAGACUUCACCGACUACUUCCAGAACAAGUCUGCUGUGCUGAUGCAGCAUCUGCCAGUUGGGAAUUCCUUCGAGGAGACGCAGCUUAAUUUUGUCAUAAAUUCGAUUGGAGGCCAAACUCUGUUCACCAAUAAAAGUGGAAUUUUCGCCAUAAAUCACUUUUCAACAUCCAAACUGGAACAUCAAGUUCUCUCCAAUCCACACCUUGAACCGGAGAUAGUUAAAGCCCUGUUGAUGAGGACAUCCUCGAAUAAAGAAUUCCCAUUGCUUGAGAAAGUGAGUGUUCUUGUGCUGCGCAAAGUUUACGACUCGCUCGAGAGAGGAGAUGAGGAGCAGUUGAAAGUUCUGCAUUUGAUUUCGGUUCUGGCUAACAUAGAAGGGAUUCCCGAAAUUUGGUUGUUUCAUUUCUUCAAGAUGACAUUUUUCUAUAUGAUUUGUUGUGAAACAGGAGUAAGCAAUGAAGCGGCCAAAUGUGCAACAGAAAUGUGCGCUAAUUAUGGAGUGGAGCCAAUGCAAUUGUGGCUAUGGUAUAAGAGGGAAUGCCUCAGUCUGGUUGUGGAUUUGGUCACACAUAUUUACUUGAAGAAAGGACAGGGUCCGGUCAGGACUUUGAAUGCGUUGGUAACGAUGCUUGGCUUUCUGUGCAGUCAGGAAUUCAUCUGCAAGUACUAUAAGAUCCUCACAGCCAUGAUUUUGCCCUAUUGCGUGAAGGAAGACCGAUGUAAGGGUCUCUUGGUUCAAAUCUCCCAGGCCACAGAUAAUUCCAUAUCCCACAUUCUGACGGCUUCAUUCUUAAACAUCUACUCACAUAUUUAUCUAAACGAGAGUCCUGAAAUUGGAAACAAAUGCAUUGACUUGUUGGUAAGAUGCACUGGCUCAUCGCUUUCAAGUCUGAUGCACACGGACGUGAGGCAAACUGUAUCCGAGUUUUUAAUCUUCUACAAUCGAAAGCCAGAAUUUGUGAUGCAAGCAUUUAGUUGUCUGCUUUUGAAUAAAUCCUCUCGUGAAUCCCAAAGGAGUGAGAGACGAACCCAAACUGCCACAACCGAGGAAUUCGCUGUCUUCAUAGCCGAAAGGUUCCUCGGAGUGAUCACAUACUUCGAAACAUGCCUAAGUGAUCCGAAUUUCGAGAAAUCCCUGAAAGAAGAUGUUCUCUAUAGUUUGGGACAGAUUAUUCGUCUGGUCGGAGCUGGCCACGUCACUCAAUCACGCUACAAAAUUAUUGCGAUGCUAACAUCGGUUAUUUCGCUAGACGAUAAGAACCUCAAAGCAAUCGGUUUGAAAAUAUGGAAUACAUUUCUGCACAUUGUCGACAUCCAAGCCCUGGGUCCAUCGUUGAGCAGGAUUGUGGUGUCGCUGCAACCACUGCUGAAGACUAACGAAAAAGAAGUUGAUACGAUUUACAAGUAUUUGAUUCUUGAGAAUGGAAAUCUGCUCGGAACUUAUAUGCCUGAUUUGUACUUUAUCGAAGACAUGGAGGUGUCGAUGGAGUUGAAAAGUUUUGUUAGACGGCAGACGGAGGCGCUCUUCCGAUCGGGAAAGUUCGAAGACUUGCUUAAGUUCUACAUUAAACAAAUCAACAAUGAGAACCUGCAAGUGCGCAUAAGGGCGUUGAAGUAUCUGAAGGAGUUCUUUAUCAAGCACAGAGCGGAUUUGAACACUUUUAUUGUGGGUCAAACCGAAUUGAAUCCCCUCAUCGAAUCGGUGGCAGAGAAUCUAAUGAAUGGUUGCAAACACGUUGAUCGCACCCUGCAGCUUAUCUCUGGGAAAUGUCUCGGCGAACUGGGCGCCAUCGAUCCGAGUUACAUGUCUCCAAAUUAUGCUAAAGAACAGAAACGCUUCUCACUCAGCAUUCACACGGAUGCCUUUGCCAUUACAGCCCUCACCGAGCUGUGUCGAGCUUAUCAGAAGAACAUCAAGUACGUGGAUAACAUGUCUGUGGCAAUUCAAGAAAUCCUCGCCAUACAGGGAGUGAAUCCUAAGGACAACAAGAAGAUGAACGUAUGGGAGGCGAUCCCCGUCCGGAUGCGCCACAUCAUGGAACCCUUGUUGAGUUCUUGCUACACCGUAGCACAAAAAGGCUACAAGAUCAAGGCUCAUCCGGUGUUUGGGAGCAGUUUCUGUCGCACCUACGAGGAUUGGGCAUUCUGGUGGUCGUGGAAAGUGAUCGAGUUCGUGCGUGAUGCUGACACCAAAAAGCUCCUAUGCUCGUUCACCCCGAGCAUUCGAAAGGACAACAACAUGCUGGAGCUCUUUCUGCCCUAUAUUCUGCUGCAUUCUCUGCAGGAAUGCACCGAAGAGGAAAUGCAGUUGGUUUAUGAGGAAUUUCAAGCUGUUAUCCAGCAAGCUGUCAAUGGGGGAUCGAACGCAGCUAACAGAGCUGCCAUCGACACCACGCUCUCGAAGGAAAUCGGUCCAUCACAAGCACUUCGAACGGCAACCCAACUGCCAAAAGAUAUCCACUCGCAGAACGUAGACGACGCUUGUGCGAAGAUCUGCUUUGAACAGAUUGACUUCCUCUACCGCUGGACCAGGGAAUGGUCACGAGUGAGUUCUACAACGGGGGAGGCUUCCAACACCCAAAAGGAAUACGGAAUGAUACAAAAGUUGCUUGGCAAAAUUGACAAAAGUCAACUGGCAAAGGCCAAUUUCAACUGCGGGGAGUAUGCGAGGGCAUUGCUGUUUCUCGAGCUGUACAUAGAGGACCAGAAGGCCACUCGUUUGCAGGAGAAUCUGUCGUUCCUCAUUGAAAUCUAUGCCGAACUGCUGGACCCUGACUCGGUGGAGGGUGCAAUGCACAUGAAGAAGACGAGUCUCACCCUGCCGGAGCAAAUAUUGGUCAACAAUAUCAUCGAUCGUCCUCAGGAGAACAUAGCGUGCUACGAGCAAAUCAUGAUUCGCCCCGAACAAGUCCAACAGGAACAUGUCCUUGGGAUCAUCAACAGCUAUCUGCGGCUGGAUCUCCCGGAAACCGUGUUGAACAUCACCAGCGGACUUUGGGAGAAGCUCUCCGAGCGCUAUACCGAUGACUUCUUUAAGGAAUGUCAAUUUGAACCAUUGCUGCGCCUUGGGUGUUAUGACGACAUCGAGAGGAUGCUGGAGGACCCGGUGAUUAGCAAGAACCCAAUGAUGUGGAAUGUUCAGAGUGCCAAGGCCAUCAGACUGUUCCGAAAUAAAGAGAUCCAGUUGAGUGGUUUUGAGGCCGAAAUGGAUGAGAUUCGUUUGAACAUCCUGAGCACUUUGAAGACUAUCGGUGCUGAGCACUACUCCUACCACAAGGCAUACACAGAGAUCCUCAAGCUGCAGCUCCUCACGGACAUUGAGAAGAACAAGUCGCUGGUGCAGUUCGUUGUUAGUGAAACGGAUGAGGCCAAAUGUAUCGCAGCUGUGAACGAGUUCUUCUCGGACUGGAAUGCACGAUUGUGUUUCCUUCAGCCGACCGUACGAAUUCUUGAACCUCUUCUCUGUCUGCGACGUAAUCUCCUCAGUGAAACCAAAAAUCUGUUGAACACUAUGAAGGGUGACGUUUCCGUUGGCCUCAACAAAUGCAUCGAUGAGGAAAUGGGCAGACUGUGGAUCAGGAGUAUCCAGAUGAACCGUGAAUCUGGAGGCCUUCAGCAGGCCAAUCUGUCCAUCAUGAAGGCAGAAGAGUACGCCCCCGAGGCAUUGUUCAUCGAAAAGGCAAAGCUCCUCUGGCAGAGUGGUGAUCAGACGAAGUCCCUUAAACUCAUCUCUGAGAAGAUCAGAGAAAUCGAAUCCAACGGAAAUAUACCCACCCAAGAUAAGUCCCAACGCCUGCUGUAUUCCGAGGCCAAGUUCCUGCAGGCCACCUAUAGCGCUGAGUCGAUGAAAAUCUGUGCCGAACAGAAUCUCUACUACUUCAAGCAAGCUAUUGCUGGAAAUAAGAGCUCCGAGAAGUGCCUGGUCCACAUGGCGCAGUACUUGGAGAAGAUGUACGCUGCUAAAUCGGAUGCGGAACAGAACUCAGAGUCUGGAAAGACCAUGUUAUUUGAUAUUAUGGGCUACUAUGCGAGGGCCAUGAAGGCCGGCAACGAGAGCAUGUACCAGUCCAUGCCACGUCUGCUGAGUAUUUGGUUCGAUUUUACCUCGCAGGUUGGAGAAAACGAUGUUCCCAAUAUGUCGAUUCAGCAAACCUGCGCCAAAAUGACCGAAUUGGUCAGCAAAUGCUGUGAAAUUCUUCCCACGUACAUUUUCUACUCGGCGUUCUCACAGAUACUUAGUCGCAUCUGUCAUCCAUCGCUGGCAGUUUUUGAAGUUCUCAAGACGAUUAUUAUUCUCCUGCUGGAGAAAUAUCCCCACCAAUCUCUCUGGACGCUGCUGCCAGUGCUUAAGUCAUCCUACACCAUGCGAGCCAAACGCUGUCGUUUGAUUUUGAGUGACAAACGCCUCUCCAAACGGGAGACUAUCAAAUAUGUCGACGACUUUAACUCUCUGUCGGAGAAGCUCAUCCAGUUGACCACGAAAGAUACUGUGGGCCUGGCUCAAAGCGACCUGAAUGUCCGAACUCUAGUUCCGAAGCUUCCAAAGCUCUUUGAAGAUCCAGGCUUCUCGGAGAUUCUUUUGCCCUUCGACAAGUACAUGCAGGUGACACUCCUCAGUGCUAACCGAUCUGGCCAAGUGGAUGACUCUGCUGCUUCUUCUGUCAACGCAACUCCGGUCAAUCCCUUCCCCAACAAGCAGAUAUAUAUUUGUGGAAUUAAGGAGGAUGUCGUGGUACUACGAUCUCAGGCCCUGCCAAAGAAGAUAGUCUUUUUGUGCAGUGAUGGUAAGGAGUACACGGCUAUGCUUAAGCCCAAAGACGAUCUGAGACUUGACUAUCGCUUGAUGGAGUUCAAUGCUUUGCUGAAGAGAUAUCUCCGAUUGGAUCCUCAAGCUCGCCAGCGUCGCCUCCACAUUCGAACCUAUGCUGCGAUCCCAUUCAACGAAGAUUGUGGUCUGAUAGAAUGGUUGCCAAAUUUGACAGCCUUGAGAGUCAUCCUAAUGGGCAUAUACAGAUCCCGGAAACUUGGUGUUGCUGACAAGGAACUGCGAUCGUUUGUCCUGCCCAAGGAGGAAAAACUCGAGAAGAAGAAACAGGUAUUCAAUAUUCUUUUGUCACGCCAUCCGCCCGUGUUCCACGAGUGGUUCAUCUACCAGUUCUCCACACCACACAACUGGUACCAAGCUCGCAGUUCCUAUAUCAAGACCAUAGCUGUUAUGUCGAUGGUUGGCUAUAUUCUUGGAUUGGGAGAUCGGCAUGGGGAGAAUAUCCUGUUCGACGAGACAAAUGGUGAAUCAGUCCAUGUAGACUUCAACUGCCUAUUUAACAAAGGCGAAAGCUUUAACAUUCCAGAAAGAGUUCCGUUUAGAUUGACCCAGAAUAUGGUGCACGCCAUGGGUCCCCUCGGUAUUGAGGGUCUCUUCAGGAAAUGCUGUGAAAUUACCCUAACAGUUCUCCAGAAACAAAAGAAAACACUUAUGUCCGUGCUGAAACCUUUUGUAUACGAUUUGAGUAGACUUGGAAAGAAAACUGGGAAUAAUAUCGAGAAAACAGAUCCUCAAGCUAUGGAAAAUGUCAGUCGCAUUGAGGAGAGGCUUCAUGGUUAUGUUCAGAGACGAGGAGCAAAUCGUAUGCCAUUGUCAACAGAGGGACAAGUUGAGUUUCUCAUCAACGAAGCUACUGACAUUAAUAACCUAGCAACGAUGUACGCUGGUUGGGGUCCAUAUUUGUAAGGGCUUAGAGCUUUUAUAAAAUCUGUAAAUAACAAUUUUUGUAGAUGUAAGAUUUAUUCACUAAAAUGUAUCAUAAAUUAUUUAAUUUCUGUUCUUUUGUUCUGUGUUAAUUAUUUAAUCCAUUUUGAAAUUAAAAAGUAUUUUUAUACUCGUAAUAAACAUUCAAAUAUUA